CCACUGACGCCCGGCGCGCCCUCCCCCGGCGGCGGCGGCCGAGGCGCGGGGCGGCGGAGGCGGGCGGCCCGGCCGGCCCCAUGGCGCGGGGGGACGCGGGCCGCGGCGGGCUGCUGGCGCUGACCUUCUGCCUGCUGGCCGUGCGCGGGGAGCUGCCAUUGCCCCAGGAGACAACCGUGGAGCUGAGCUGUGGACCGGGGCCAGUACAAGUGGUCCUGGGCCCAGAGCAGGUGGCGGUGCUGGACUGUAGUCUGGGGACCGCCGCGGCCGGACCCUCCACCAGCGUCACGUGGAGCAAAGACGGAGGUGCCCUGCUGGAGCACAGCCACCUGCGCCUGCUACCCAAUGGCUCCCUGUGGCUGUCCCAGCCGCUAGCACCCAAUGGCAGUGAUGAGGCAGCCCCUGGAGCCUCAGAUGUCAUCGAGGGCAGCUAUUCCUGUCUGGCCCGUGGCCCGCUCGGAGUAGUGGCCAGCCAGGCUGCAGUGGUCAAGCUUGCCACGCUCGCAGGCUUCUCUCUGCACCCGGAGUCUCAGACAGUGGAGGAGAACGGGACCGCUCGAUUUGAGUGCCACAUCGAAGGGCUGCCAGCUCCCAGCAUUACUUGGGAGAAGGACCAGGUGACAGUGCCUGUGGAGCCUCGGCUCAUCACUCUUCCCAACGGGGUUCUCCAGAUCCUGGAUGUUCAGGAGAGUGACGCAGGCUCCUACCGCUGUGUGGCCACCAACGCAGCCCACCAGCGCUUCAGCCAGGAGGCCCUGCUCCGUGUGGCCCCCCGAGGGUCCCUGGCGUCCACCGGGGGGCAGGACGUGGUCAUUGUGGCAGCUCCGGAGAACACCACCGUGGUGUCUGGACAGAGUGUGGUGAUGGAAUGCGUGGCCUCUGCUGACCCCACCCCUUUCGUGUCCUGGGUCCGACAGGACGGGAAGCCCAUCUCCACCGACGUCAUCGUCCUGGGCCGCACCAACCUGCUGAUCGCCAGCGCGCACCCCCGGCACUCGGGCGUCUAUGUCUGCCGCGCCAACAAGCCCCACACGCGCGACUUCGCCGCCGCCGCCGCAGAGCUCCGCGUGCUGGCGGCCCCUGUCAUCUCGCAGGCGCCCGAGGCGCUGUCUCGGACGCGGGCCAGCACCGCGCGCUUCGUGUGUCGUGCGUCCGGGGAGCCGCGGCCCGCGCUGCGCUGGCUGCACGACGGGGUGCCGCUGCGACCCAAUGGGCGCGUCAAGGUACAGGGCGGCGGCAGCAGCCUGGUCAUCACGCAGAUCGGCCUGCAGGACGCCGGCUACUACCAGUGCGUGGCCGAGAACGGCGCGGGCACAGCGUGCGCCGCCGCGCCGCUGGCGGUAGUUGUGCGCGAGGGGCUGCCCAGCGCUCCCACGCGGGUCACGGCCACUCCGCUGAGUAGCUCCUCGGUGCUGGUGGCCUGGGAGCGGCCCGAGCUGCACAGCGAGCAGAUCAUUGGCUUCUCCCUCCACUACCAGAAAGCUCGCGGCAUGGACAAUGUGGAAUACCAGUUUGCAGUGAACAAUGACACAACAGAGCUACAGGUUCGGGACCUGGAACCCAACACGGAUUAUGAGUUCUACGUAGUGGCCUACUCUCAGCUGGGCGCCAGCCGCACCUCCACCCCAGCGCUGGUCCACACACUGGAUGAUGUCCCCAGUGCCGCGCCCCAGCUCUCCCUGUCCAGCCCCAACCCCUCGGACAUCAGGGUGGCGUGGCUGCCCCUGCCUCCCAGCCUGAGCCAUGGGCAGGUGGUGAAGUACAAGAUAGAGUACAGUUUGGGAAAGGAAGCAGAUCAGAUUUCCUCCAGCGAGGUGCCAGGGAAUGAGACGCAGCUUACGCUGAACUCACUUCUGCCCAACAAGGUGUACCGAGUACGGAUUUCGGCUGGUACAGGGGCUGGCUAUGGGGCGCCCUCCCAGUGGAUGCAGCACAGGACGCCCAGUAUGCACAACCAGAGCCACGUCCCUUUUGCCCCUGCAGAGUUGAAGGUACGGGCAAGGAUGGAGUCCCUGGUUGUGUCCUGGCAGCCGCCUCCUCACCCCACCCAGAUCUCUGGCUACAAACUGUACUGGCGGGAGGUGGGCGCCGAGGAGGAGGCUGAUGGUGAGAGCCCCCCAGGGGGCCGUGGAGACCAGGCUUGGGAUGUGGGGCCUGUCCGGCUCAAGAAGAAAGUGAAGCAGUAUGAACUGACCCAGCUAGUCCCCGGCCGGCUGUAUGAGGUGAAGCUGGUGGCGUUCAACAAACACGAGGACGGGUAUGCGGCGGUGUGGAAGGGCAAGACGGAGAAGGCUCCCACCCCAGACCUGCCCAUCCAGAGGGGGCCACCCUUACCCCCCGCUCAUGUCCAUGCGGAAUCCAACAGCUCCACAUCCAUUUGGCUGCGGUGGAAAAAGCCAGACUUCACCACAGUCAAGAUUGUCAACUACACUGUACGCUUCAGCCCCUGGGGGCUCAGGAAUGCCUCCCUGGUCACCUAUUACACCAGCUCUGGAGAAGACAUCCUCAUUGGCGGGCUGAAGCCAUUCACCAAAUACGAGUUUGCGGUACAGUCCCAUGGCGUGGACGUGGACGGGCCGUUCGGCUCCGUGGUAGAGCGCUCCACCCUGCCAGAUCGACCCUCGACGCCCCCAUCGGACCUGCGCCUGAGCUCCCUGACGCCGUCCACUGUUCUGCUGCACUGGUGCCCCCCCACGGAGCCCAAUGGGGAGAUCGUGGAGUAUCUGAUCCUGUACAGCAACAACCACACCCAGCCCGAGCACCAGUGGACCCUGCUCACCACCGAGGGAAACAUCUUCAGUGCUGAGGUACGUGGCCUUGAGAGCGACACUAGGUACUUCUUCAAGAUGGGGGCCCGCACAGAGGUGGGGCCUGGGCCCUUCUCCGGCCUGCAGGAUGUGAUCACUCUCCAGGAGAAACUCGCAGACUCCCUGGAUGUGCACUCAGUCACGGGCAUCAUCGUGGGUGUCUGCCUGGGCCUCCUCUGCCUGCUGGCCUGCAUGUGUGCUGUCUUGCGCCGUGGCCCCCACAGGGAAGCCCUCCCAGGCCUGUCCUCCACGGCCGCUGCUGGGAACCCCGCGCUGUACUCCCGAGCCCGCCUUGGAUCUCCCAACCCCCCAGCUACCCAUGAACUGGAGUCCCUUGUGCACCCCCGUCCCCAGGACUGGGCCCCACCACCCUCAGACAUCGAGGACAGGGCUGAAGUGCACAGCCUUAUGGGUGGUGGAGCUUCCGAAGGCCGGGGCCACUCCAAGAGAAAGAUCUCCUGGGCUCAGCCUGGCGGGCCGAGCUGGGCAGGUUCCUGGGCAGGCUGUGAGUUGCCCCAGGCAGGCCCUGUGCCUUAUCUGACCCGGGCCCUGCUGCCCCCUGCUGGCACCGGGCAGACGCUGUUGCUGCAGGCUCUGGUGUAUGAUGCCAUAAAGGGCAACGGAAGGAAGAAGCCACCCCCGGCCUGCAGGAACCAGGUGGAGGCCGACGUCAUUGUUCACUCUGACUUCAGUGCCUCCAAAGGGAACCUUGACCUCCACCUCCAGGACCUGGAACCUGAGCAUUUCCUGCCUUCGGAGGCUCCUGACCUCACGUCGGGUGUUGUGGAUUUAGGGCAAGGGGGAGACUGGCUGGACAGGGAGCUGGGAGGCUGUGAACAGGCGACCACGGGGCCAGACAGACUCACCUGCCUGCCAGAGGCACCUUCUUGCCCCUACCUGGACCUCCAGCCCAGCGAGGCCCUGGAGGAGGCCCCUGGGGACAGCUGCCAGUCAAAGGCCCCCUGCCCUCUAGGAGCCAGCCCAGGCUUGUCCAGGGCCUCCGUCUCCUCCUCUGCUUAGCUCCCCUCAAGGUGCAGUUUGGGACAGGCUGUCAUGGGUUAUGGGAUAUGACACCUAUGUACCUGCGGAUACUGACCAUCAUCAAGCCAUUGGGAGCCUCCUAGGGGGCUUUGGCUGGAGGGAGAGGAAGAAAUGGCUUAUUCACUCCCCCAUACUCUGUGACACGUGUGGUAUGAGAGAGACACGUGAGGCAUGGCUAUAUGUGAGGCACCUGUGUGUGCUGGUUGGUGAGCUGGGAAACCUGGGUCCAGGCACUGGUUACUACAGCCUAACUGGCCCUCCCGGUCAGGACUGUGCCCCAGAAUGGCCAGUGCCCAGCCCUGUGGGUCCCCCACCUCCGUCACCCAGCCUUUUAUUACACACUCUGAGAGUGUUUCCAAUGCCCUGUCUGACAAGACAGCCCCGGCCCAUUUUCCUGUCUGGCUGGGCUGAGUGCAAGUAGGCCCUGAAUGCCUAAUGUUUUAGUUCCAUUGCUGCCUCCCAUUGCCCAAACUGAGAGGGUGACUCUGGUCCCUCAGAGCAUCUCUGCAUUUGAUUUUAUAAUUUGGGAAGUGCCUGGUUUUGAACAUCUGCUUUCUCUUGCUCUCCCUUCCUUCCUUUCCUUUCCCUACUCCGGUGGCCUCUCCCCCGCCAGCUUGCUCUCCCAACUCUAGUGCCCUUCGCUUCCUCCCUGACAGUCCCUCUUUUCCUCUCUGCUGUUUCUGGCUCUCCUCUUGCUGCCUGCCUCUCCUGUCUCUCACGCCUCUCACAGACUGUGUCAUGUGGUCUCCCGCCUUCCUUCCCUUAACAACAUGACUACCUCAUGUCUGCUUCGAGGCCAUAGCGUGACUCCUGCCCCUUCACUUUACCGGGUACCCUCCUGCCCCUCUUCUCUCUGUGCCGCCGUAUGCCUCUGCCCCAGGCAGGCUGCCCACCCCCAGUGCAGGUUUGAAGGCCUUCCAGCUUCCCUUGUAUCUUUUUCCCCUGGGAUUGAGAUGGGAGGGUCCUCCUUGGAGGUGAUGAAUCCCAGCCACACAAGGGGACUUUUGAGACGGGGAAACAGAAACACAACCCAGAGGCUCAGGAUAAAACUCCCCCCUCCGUCUGUGCAGGGAGGCAGGCCUGCUGGAUGCAGGGGGGUUUGGGACAUUCCUUCCCAGCUGAAGCUAAAGUGGGAAGCAGCCCGCAGCUUCCCACUCUGAGCACCUUGAACGUGAGCCGAUGGGGUAAGAGUGAGAGAAAUCUCAUUCCUCCCGGUGCUGGAAGGGAGGUCUUUGCGCAGGACAAGGGCAAUUGGCUCAUUUUGUUUUGUUUUGAAUUCAAUCCUGAAGUCAUUUUCUCUUGACCUGCCACACAAGGACAAGCUUGACUUCCAUUUCCUGUGUAGAGAAAACAAUGCAAUUUAUUUGAUUUUUGCCCCUCAGCCUCUCAUAGGAGUAUGAAAUGUAGGGUCUUUUCGCCCUAAAUGCAUCUUUUAACUGAUUGGCAUAUCAAGGGUUAACUGUGGCUUCUAGGCUAAAUUAGAAAUAACCAGCCUAUCUCCACCCCCACCCCUCCUUUUUUUUUAAUGGUAAAAUGUCUCUCAGCCGAGUUGCAGCUUCCUCAGACCCUUUCAGCAUCUGUGUUUAUUACACUCGGGUGUCACUCACGUUUGACAUCCCACCUACAUCCUUCCCUUCCCCCUCCUUCAACCAGCCUAUGAUAACACUAAAGAUUAGUAAUGUUGGUUUUGUAUCUUGUUAAGGACAGGAUUGUCACUUGUACUAUUUCUGUAGCAUUCAGCGUUGCUGUGGCUAACACCACUCUAUAUGUUUCAUCAUUGCUCUGAAGGUCAAAAGCCUCAUUUUAUUUUGCUGGUUUGAUUUUUUUUCUAAAGAAAAAAAAGAA